AUGCGCUUCAGGGCCGACUGGAAAGUCCACAAGAAAGUCUGCGGGAAACUGAAACCACCCUCAACCCAGCAUGAUCCUCCCAGCUACAACGCUGGCGGCCCCUACUCAGAGCCUAAAGACCUGGGAAGCCCGACCAAUCAACCGCCCCGCGAUACCACCAUAAACAAGGCAGAAUCUGUCCAGGGACUCCAGGGAGUUGUCACAUCGCUUAACAACGAGGUCUUAGAGUCGGCUAGCAGGCCCUAUACUAUUAGAGCCAUAGCUGGAAAGGGAAAAGGACUCGUUGCAACAAGGAAGAUUGCCAAGGGCAAAUGGAUUCUAUCAGAACUCCCAAUCUUUACACUUCCCAAACGACUCGACAUCAGGGCUUUGGAACACCAAGUUGCAAAGGAGGUGGAAAGCCUCAAUGACGAUCACCGACGCGCUUUCUUCGACUUGACCAACAUUCACGGGAAUGCUUACAGCCAACCGUUCGGCAUCGCCAAGACCAACGCGCUUCCUCUCGGUUCCAACGCCAGUUCCGUCGGUCUGUUCCUCGAUGCCUCUCGAAUCAAUCACUCUUGCCGGCACAAUGCGCAAAACAACUGGAACGAGAAUAUCGGGCGGCUCACCAUCCACGCGCUCCGAGACAUUGAGGAGGGACAAGAAAUCACAAUCCACUAUAUGGGCAGCACGGGAGAAUACGAGGAGCGGCAGCGUUUCCUGCGGGAAAAGUUCAGGUUCGACUGCAAAUGCCAGCUCUGCUCGCUACCGCUCGCCCAGCGAAACCUUAGCGACGCUCGGCUGCGGGAAAUUCAGGUGAUUGACAGAGUGAUCGGGGAAUUUUGCCGGGGCGGUGACUUUAAGCCAGAGACGGCGCUCAAACUCUUGCACAGAAUGUUCCGUUUGUUUGACGAGGAGAGCAUCUGGGACGCGAGCAUUGCUCGGGCGUACAAGGAUGCAUAUGAUAUUGCCCGGUGCAUCGAGAAUGGGGGCGAAUCGAGGGCUCGGGUUUUCGCCGAAAGAACAUACGCCGCGCGAUGUGUGGCCGAGGGGAACGAUAGCCCAGUCGCGCAGAAGAUGAAGCAGGCUGCUGAAGAACUCUCCUCCGCAAAGAUGCCGCAAGGGAUGAAUGAUGGCGAGUUUAAGAAUUGGCUUUGGAUGCUCGAUGGUUAA